GAUAGACAGCCUAUGUCCGUGACCUUGACACAGUUUAUACGGAGUGCAUAUGGAACAGCCGAAGUCAAGCAGUUAUGGAGCAGUUGUUGAUAACUGCUGCGGCAAUCCUUUUUGCUCCGGCAGCAUUGGGUAUUCUUUUGGUUGUUGUGUUGGCAUCUGUAGGUCAAUCUGUAGGAAUUAGGAAGAAAUAUGUACAGGUUCUCCUAAAAAUAUUUGAGUAUGGACGACAAAAGAUAGAGCACAAACAAGGGUUUAUUCAGGAUUCUGCAGAGAAACCAACCGGUGAGGAAUUAGGAGAAGAUGGUCAUGCUGGUGAGGAAGACAAAAAAGCACCGUCUGGGAAUGGUUGUGUUCAGUCUGAGGAGUCAGGAAUGCAUGUGAUAGAGAGAGAGAUGCCACUAAGAGCUUCCGAAGGAAUUAGAAUCUCCAACGUCCGUUCUGUAGAGACCAUGCAGAGAGAAUUUCAACUCACAGAUACAAUGUACUUCUGUAAAAGUGGUGUAGAGGUAAGUCUUUCCUUAUCAAUCAAAUGAACUGGGAUAAUAUAAGGGAAGGCAGUAUAUUUUUUAACACAAAUGCAAUUGUGUGUAAGAAAUCACUACUUUAUCUCAUGCAGUUUUAAAAUAUUGUCAGCAAUGUUCUUCAAAAAUGAGCAUUUCAUA